AUGAACGUCGGAUCCAUUCUCAACGGCGAUUCGCCUCCGGAUAAUGAUGACUCAAUCACCUUCCCAGGUCAAGACUCAAAGCAGCCGCCCCUCCAUUCGCGUCAGUCUAUCAAUGACCUACUCAACGAUUCUCCUGCUGGAGGUCGACCACUGAACCAAGUCCAGAAACAUCAUAAAGUGGAGGCAAAUUUGGGUGCCAGUGCAUCAGACACAUCGAAAUUCCACUCUUCCGAUAUGCUGAAUGGUCCAAGCCUUGCAAGUUCCAACGAGGAUGAGUUAGAGAGCGUGGAGAAGGUAGAGACAGUAAAACAAGAAAGAAGCGACGACAAUAUAGGGGCUAAGAACGGAGGAAAACCUCCGGUAAAGGGAAAUCAGCUCGUAGAGUCUGAGCUCGAACGUAUAAACAAACUCAAGCUGACAUCUAAGAAGCCCCACCGCUAUACGACUCCACCAAUUUGGGCGCAAGAAUGGAUACCUCCAUCGCAGAGUGGAAGACGAGAUGCUGGCGUUGUCUUUGCUGCUCCCACCCAAGAGACAGGCGCUAGCGCAACACUCAGUCAGAAACCUGUUUUCGACCGUAGCACCACGGUAUCCGCAGAUCUCGAAUGUCUGAUAACUGGGGUGAUUCCUCCGCAAUCGGUGGUGCGCACCAUUGCUGAGUGGAUUUAUGCCAACUUCGUGGAGAUUGCCGUUGAAAAUAGGCCAUAUGUGGAGCUUGAACUCAAAUUCGGCACCAUUGUGGACCAAGUGUCGGGGCACCGCAUAGACAUUGGAGUUUCCACUGAAUGUAUUUAUACACGGGGAGCGGAGGCCCGGUUUGAAAUGGGCGUACAUGAGGUGGGAUGGAACGACAUGAAGACGUUUUUGGGCGAGUUGGAGAAGAGCUACCAGGAUGAAAAUCGCAAGAACCCCACGAAGCCCAGACAGAAGUUCUCGGUGCUUGAAACAGAUAAUACUGACUACUUCUUCCUGAACACCGAGCGCAAUGAGAUGCCCAAAAAGAUCCGUAUCACAAAGGAUAACUCCUUGAGUCCGCCACGGUAUACGGGAAUUCUGAAAAAACGGUUGUCUGACCUCUACAUCCACAAUCCGUCGUCAAUGUACGAUUUACGUCUCUCACUCUCGUUGGAAUUUCCUAUUGAUGAGAGCAGUGUGGAGCCUAUCAUGAGGAAGAACAAGCCCACACUCACACGAAUCAAGCGGCGCACGUCUUGGAGACACCCUCCCACGGUGACGCAGUUUGACUUCACCAUGGUGCUGCUGCCCAAGACCACUCGCAACAAGCUGGGCAAGAAUGUGACGGAGCACGAAAACACACAUGAGUUGGAGUUGGAGAUUGAUACUAAAGAGAUCUUCAAGGGAUUCGACAAGAUCCGCGAUGGAUCCGAUACUAUUCGGUUCGAGGAGUUGGUGGAAGUGUUUUUGAAUAAUGCUCGGUGUCUCAACAACCGAGUGACCAAGCUUGCUUCGAAGUAA